AUUUUAAAAUAAUAUUACCAUGUUUAUUAAAGUUCCAGAAAUUUUUGAAUGGGAGGAGACAAAAGUAUUAAAUUGUUUCAUAUAUAGUUAGCCAUGAAUGCUUAAAAUUAAAUGGAAUAGGUUAAUGAAGUAUCGAAAGUAAAACAAGUAAUGGUAAAGGUAGUAUAAAUUGAGAAGAAUAAUGGGGAACUAGUCAUUGAUAAUAAAAAAGCCCAAGAUUUCCAAGAUGAAUUAAAAAAGAUGAUAAAUUAGAAUACUUAUUUAUAAAAUAAUCAACAAAAUUAGAGACAGGAUAACCAAAGAGAAAGGGUGGAUUGUGUUAGUAUGGAAGUUAUGGACAAAAGCAAUUAGUCAGAAAUAUUGCCCAAACAGAUUAAACAGAAUAAAGAAGAAAUUUAUAACUAAGGAGAUUAAAGAAUAUAGUUGUCCAUCAAAGGAGAAGGUUUUUCAGAAUUUAAGAUACGUUCAAUAUGCUUUAAAUUGAAAUGCCCAUCCUGCCAAGAAUAUCUUUCAAGUUCCCCUCCUUAAAAAUAAUAAUCAUAAAUCUAUAAAUUUCAAUCAGAUUGUAAAAAAUGCUCAACAUAAAUGAGCGUAAAAUAUCAUAACUAUAUUGAUUAACUGCCAGAGAAAAAUUAAUGGCUCAUCGGAUCUAUAACGAAUUCUGAAAAUUUUGAAUGGCAAUUACUCGCGAUAUAAGCCUAAGCCACUUGUAAUUGCAGGUCAACAUAAUCUAGAUUGCCUUUUAUAGAAUAUACUUUGGAGAAAAAUAAACAACUUGCUCCUUAAACUAAACGCUAGAAAUUUUAAACUACAGAUCAAAAUAGAUACUUUUGUCAUGGAUGUGCUCAAGAACUCAAAUUCCAACCUGAAUUCUUAAUAAUUAAAUGA